AAUUAUUAACAGAGAUAAAAAAAAUCGUAGACCUUCAUGGUCACUGCUCUCAAUGUCAAAAUCCAGCAUUCAGCUCUGGCAGGGACUCAUUGUGUCGACUUGUGAAAAUGAAGCACGGAUUUUCUUUGUAAGAAAAGGAUAUGGGCAAGCAGUUGUGAGAGAUGCUUUAGAUAAACCAUUACACCGAUGGAUGUGCGGGUCACGUGCAACGUCUCCAGCCUUGAAUGUGGUCAAUUAGCACUCAUCAUUAUUCCCAGUCUCCUGGCUCUUAGCACACUGACCAUCAUAUCUCGGAUAAUAUGGAGCUUCUUAAAAAACAAAUCAUCAGUUCCGAAGUCCUCAGCAGUGUCUUUUGAUCAAACUGGUUCUCUGCCUGGACACCGUGCGCUGAGCUCAUGGGAAAUGCCCACCCAGUGCAUGUUGGAGGAGGUGGAGUUUGUGAAAAAUGGUCGGUACGGGGUUACCUGCAAGGGCCGGUUAAAAUGUGACGAAGUUACCACUGCUGUGAGAAUUAAAAUGUUCAGAGGAAGUUCAAGCAGUCACAAGGCAAAAGAGUUUGUGGAGUUGGCCCUGUUCUACUCGACCAUCUGUAAACAUGACAAUCUGGUCCACAUGCUGUACUGCCAGACACGACGCUUUCCUAUGUACUUGGUUUUUGAGAUGAGCACUCCUGGAAAUCUGUUGCAUUUCUUAUGGAACCUUCGAGAGGGUGGACCUGGGAUGUGCCAUCAGGAACAGUCUUUUUCAGAGAGAUCUGUGUAUUUAGUGGCUAAACAAGUGGCAACCGGGCUGGAUUACCUGCUGUCAGAGCACAGGCUUGUGCAUGGGAACAUCGCAGCAUGCAACAUGCUGAUUGGCUCAGGGCUCCUGGUGAAAGUGUCCGGGUUGGCUUUGGCUUUCGAGUCGAGGCAGACAGAGACAGAGACAGUGGGAAAGGAGAGGACAGAGGACAGAGUUCCUUUGAAGUGGCAGGCACCAGAGAGAUUACUCAGAUUCCCUGUUACAUCCAGGAGUGACGUGUGGUCUUUUGGAAUCCUCCUCUAUGAGUUGAUAACUUUAGCUACAAGAGCAUUAAUGAGAUCGGGCAACGACGUCAAGUGAGGAAGACUACGGUGCAUUAGGCGUUCCAGUUCAUCCCAAAGGUGUUCAGUGGGGUUAAGUCAGAGUCAGGGCUCUGUGCAGAACACUCGAUUUCUUCCACUCCAUCCUUGACAAACCAUGUGCUUUGUGCACAGAUGCAUUGUCAUGCUGGAACUCAUUUGGACUUCUCAGUUCCAGUGAAGGGAAACAGAGGCAUUCUAUACAAUUGUGUUCUUUGUUGGAGUUUGGGAAAGGAUUACACAUAUGUUUGCAUUAAAGUGUAUUUGGUAGCUGAGUGUAUCACGUGUUGACAUUCAAGUAAAACGUUGGAGUAGUUCACAUAAAGGCUGACAGAAUGACUCCUGCCCUGUCGUGUCAUCUUUAUCAUCAUCAUCAUCAUCAUCAACAUAGAAGACGUCUUAGAUAGCAGACACCCCUAAUUACUCAGUGAUAAUUGACCCACCAAGGUUAGCAUGGACAGGGAUCAGUCAAGUGAAGACACAGUGAAUAACUUUCACCUCGGGUGAUAAUCCAGAGACAUGCUGUAGGUGAUGCUGUGGAGCAGCAGUCAGAACUCAUCUCACACUGCAAAUUUAGAAGGUUUUUAAUAAGUCCCUAAUGUCAUUUUCCCAUAAGUUUAGAAUAUGAAGGUCAACAUAGCCCAUGAGCGUAGUAUAUGUAAUGUCUAAAAAAAAAAUUCGACCUGAGACAAAACAAAAAUGACAUCAGCAUGAUUAAAGACUUCAAAUAUAAUCCUUUAUAACAAUAUGAUAUCAUAUAGAAUAAAUAUUCUUCUUUAACAUUAAAAUCAUGUCAGUCUAUAGGUUAUAUCAAGAAAUACAUUCAAUACA